AUGCCGCCCGUGGCCCCCAUCGAGGUGCUCGCCGACGUCACCGACGGCACUUACGAAGAGGGCGCUCGGCCGCCGGUCUUCCUUCAGCCUGCGCGGAGCGCGCCGUCCGACUCGCCGCCCGACUCGCCGUCGGACGACGCCGAGGAAUCUGGAAAGCUUCCAGCGAUGAUUGUGGAGAGCGAGGCGGAUACGUUCGGCGGGACGCGGCACCUCUGGACGGACGGCGUCUGGCGACCCGACGGGACGGAACCGCACGACGCGGAGCACGUGGUCUUUGCCAACGGCACGCAAUACCCAGUCUACCUCACCGUCAGCCCAAAGGACGGAAAGUACCACCCGCUCAAGGAGGAGAGCGACGAGGAGAAGCUGGCACGGCACGGCCCCGUCGAGUCGGCGCAUCCCGUCUUUCGCGCCGCGAUCGACGAGGUGAGCGGCUGCACCGAGCCGCUGCUGCCGCAGCCGCUGCUGCAGGUGCUUUACCCGGCCGAGAUCGACGAGCCGAUGUACGCCGAGGCCAUCCAGCAGCCGCAGUGCGCCUCCUCCUCCCCCUCUCCCGCCCGCGAGCAGGACACGGACGUGGCACGGACGUACGCGCUGGGGCGGCUCUGGGCCGCCUGCGAGCCCGGCGCUAAGUAUUGCACGCCGUGCGCCGUCGUCGGCCACGCCGUUCGGAGCGUCCGCCACUCGCUCGGCGAGUACGUCGCCGCCGUCUUCUCGGGCGCGCUGGACUGCGCCACGGCGGCCGCUCUCGUGCGCGGCCGGCUGAUGGCGGAGAGCCCGUCGCGAGGUGCGAUGAUGUCUGUGCGCGCGUCUCCAGAGGCGGCGAGGCGCGCUGUACACGAGGCCGGCGUGGCGGGGCGGGCGGCCGUCGCUUGCUUGAACGGGCCUACGUCGGUCGUGAUCUCCGGCGAGUGGGCCGCCAUCUCCGCGGCGGUGAAGCGGCUGCCUCCGGGCACCAAGGUGACUCGCGUCGCGGCGACGCACGCCGACCACUCCCCUGCGAUGGCGCAGCUCGCGCCGGCACUCGCGGCCCGGGCGGCGGAGCUCUACCGGCGGCACAGGCCGCGUUUGGCCGAGCUGCCGCGCCGGCCGAGCUGCCCGUGGGUCUCGUCGGUGACGGGCGACGUGGUGAGCGAGGAGGAGGCGGCGGACCCCGCCUACUGGGCCAAGCACCUCACCGCCCCCGACGCGAGACUAGGCGCCGUCCGCUCGCUGCUGCGCGUCUGCUCCGCGCGUGAGAAGGCGCCGCCGUCGCGCGCGCCGACGUCGCGUUUCGAGCGCAGCCGAGCGGUGGUUGUGGUUGAGAUGGGGGAGGGGAUGCUCACGCGAGGGAUCCGCGUCGAAGACACCUCUUCCCCCUCUGCAGGCGAGGCCAUCCUGGAGAGCUGCUGCCACGACAAUCCGAAGGCGGACGCCGCCGAGUCCGCCGCCGAGUAUUGCGCGCGCGUCGAGGCCCGCAUCGAGGAGCUGAUGGAGCCGGUGCGGCGCGAGCGGCUGACGCGCUUCCUCCUCGAGCCCGACUCGGUGGACGAGGCGGAGGUCGAGCUCGCGUGCGCCGAGCCGGUCCAGCUCCCGCCGAGCUGA